AAAAAUAGGAGCCGCAGUCUGCGUUGCAGUGUUUUGCCCUUUUCCUUUGUUGUGUCAUCUGUUUGUACGGCUUUUCCUUUGGAAACAUGUCCCAGGUCCUGCAGCCGACCGUGGACCCCACAAAGAUGGGUGUUGGACGCUCCAUAGCUGUGCUGACAUCAGGAGGAGAUGCCCAAGGCAUGAACGCUGCAGUGAGAGCCACAGUCAGAGUCGGCCUCUACACCGGAGCAAAAGUCUACUUUGUUCAUGAGGGUUACCAGGGACUGGUGGACGGGGGAGACAAUAUUCGUCCCGCCACAUGGGAGAGUGUGUCUAUGAUGCUGCAGCUGGGUGGAACAGUCAUUGGCAGCGCGCGCUGCAAGGAUUUCCGGAGCAGGGAGGGGCGCAUGAAGGCAGCCUGCAACCUGGUGAAGCUGGGCAUCACCAACCUGUGUGUAAUCGGCGGUGAUGGCAGUUUGACCGGUGCCAACGCAUUCAGGACGGAGUGGAGCGGGCUGCUGGCUGACUUGGUCCGAGCUGGCCAGAUUACAGCAGAGGAGGCCAAGAGGUCUUCACACCUGAACAUUGUGGGCAUGGUUGGGUCCAUUGACAAUGACUUUUGUGGCACUGACAUGACCAUUGGCACUGACUCCGCCCUGCAUCGUAUCAUGGAGGUAGUGGAUGCCAUCACUACCACUGCACAGAGCCACCAGAGGACCUUCAUCUUGGAAGUGAUGGGCAGACACUGCGGGUACUUGGCCCUUGUGACAGCUCUGGCCUGUGGAGCUGAUUGGGUGUUCAUUCCUGAGAUGCCACCAGAUGAUGACUGGGAAAACCACCUGUGCAGGAGGCUCACUGAUCAAAGGACCAGAGGGUGUCGUCUGAAUGUGAUCAUCGUGGCUGAGGGAGCAAUAUCCAAAAAUGGCAAACCCAUUACAUCUGACCAGAUCAAAAAGCUGGUGACUGAAAGUCUCGGCUUUGAUACCCGUACCACUGUCCUUGGACAUGUACAGAGAGGUGGCACACCCUCUGCGUUUGAUAGAAUCCUGGGCAGCAGGAUGGGUGUGGAGGCCGUGAUGGCGCUGCUAGAGGCCACUCCAGACACUCCUGCCUGUGUAGUCACUCUGUCCGGUAACCACGCUGUCAGACUGCCACUUAUGGAGUGUGUGCAAGUGACGAAGGAUGUGACUGCAGCCAUGGCUGAGGGCAGAUUUGAGGAUGCUAUCAAGCUCAGAGGAAAGAGUUUUGAGAACAACUGGAACACGUACAAGCUGCUUGCCCACAUUAACCCCCCAGAAGUAAAGAGUAACAUCAAUGUGGCCGUUAUGAACAUUGGUGCUCCUUGUGCUGGGAUGAACGCUGCUGUCCGUGCCACAGUCAGGAUGGGUAUCAUCCAGGGCCACACCAUGUGGGCAGUCCAUGAUGGCUUUGAUGGUCUGGCACAAGGACAGAUUGAGCCCAUCAACUGGACGGAUGUGAGUGGCUGGACUGGAAAAGGAGGGUCAAUGUUGGGCACAAAGAGAUCUCUGCCAGGAAAAAUGUUGGAGGAAAUCAGCCAAAACAUUGCCAAGUACAAUAUCCAUGCUUUGGUGAUUAUCGGAGGAUUUGAGGGAUAUGUAGGAGGCUUGGAACUGAUGCAGGCCAGAGAGAAAUAUGAAGAGAUGUGCAUUCCUAUGGUGGUUAUCCCAGCCACCGUCUCUAAUAACGUCCCCGGAUCUGACUUCUCCAUUGGUGCUGAUACAGCCCUCAACACCAUCACCUCAACCUGUGACAGAAUCAAGCAGUCAGCAGCAGGGACCAAACGGCGUGUGUUCAUCGUUGAGACUAUGGGCGGGUACUGCGGCUACUUGGCCACCAUGGCUGGUCUGGCUGCUGGAGCUGAUGUUGCCUACAUCUUUGAGGAAAAAUUCAACAUUAAAGAGCUGGAGGUGAAUGUAGAACAUCUUGUGCAGAAAAUGAAGACAACUGUGAAGAGAGGCUUGGUACUCAGGAAUGAGAACUGCAAUUCCAACUACACCACUGACUUCAUCUUCAACUUGUAUUCAGAGGAAGGCAAAGGCAUCUUUGACUGCCGUAAGAAUGUUCUUGGACACAUGCAACAGGGUGGCACACCAACACCAUUUGACAGAAACUUUGGUACAAAGAUGGGAGCUAAGGCUAUUCUGUGGCUGACCGACAAACUCAAAGAAUGCUACAGACACGGUCGCAUCUUUGCCAACACACCAGAUUCUGUCUGUUUGCUGGGCAUGAGGAAGAGGGCCCUCACCUUCCAGCCUCUUGCAGAUCUGAAAGGAGACACAGAUUUUGAGCACCGUAUCCCAAAGACACAGUGGUGGUUGAAGAUCAGGCCCAUCAUGAAAAUCCUGGCCAAGUACAAAAUCAAGCUGGACACAUCUGAAUGUGCAGACAUGGAGCAUGUGAUCAAGAAAAGGGGCCCUCUCAUGAAGUAAACUUCAUCUGCUCCCUAGGGGCAGUUGGACAGAUGGAGGCAUUUCAUUUUUCUAUUCAGUUACCAAAAUAUUUGUUUUGGUCUCACGACCUGACCACAUGCCUCAGUAAAAGAACUGAUGUCUUUAUCACUGGUGUGUGCUUUCUCAUUCAGAUUAAAGAAGUAAAUUAUAAUGUUCAAAAAUG